CUGGAAACCCCCAUCUGCCCCUGCAAUACUCACUGAAGGCAACAGAUUUAUUUUUGGAGUGGUCACAGGCACUGUGGCUCACUCCCUAAGGCUCUAGUUCACUUCAGGAUGAGACGGCCCUGUCGCACUCUGAGCUGGGAUUAACAAGCAGAGAGCAGUUUGUCCCAACAGCCGCUCGCCGAAGGAGUCUGAAAAGCUGAUGGAUGUCAGCUACAGUAAUGGGCUGGAGCAGUACCCUCCACCCUUACUGCCAAAACCAGGCAAAGACAAUGCAAAACUUCAAAAAAUUAAGAAGAAGAGAGCCAAGAAAAAAGGCAGUCUCUCUCAGACUCCCGUCCCUUUUCGCACCUGCUUGUCGCCUGUCAAUGAAGCGAGCACAGACCUUGAGCACAGUGACCAGUCCAGCCCACCAAAGACACCAGAUUCUGUCUACAUUGCAGACUCCUCCCUGUCCAAUUUUCCCUUCAACUCGCUUGAUAAUCACUCUGCAUCUGCAUUUUCCCAGCCUCAGAGCACCCCCCUUGGCCAAACUGAUAGUUUCCCCCCCAAGUCACACACAAGUGUGAUUUCUGAAGAGCAGGUGGCUCCUCUAUAUGAGUGCUCCUCGUUUUUAUUCGAUGAUGCGUCUCCUUUCAUGAUGCCACCUUCGUCUUCACCACCCCCAUCAUCACCUGAGCAGGUCCCUGCACCAAUUCUUCCAUUACAUUUGAACAUGACAUUAAAUUCCCAUGGGUCCACCACAAUAGCCUGUCCAGUCACUGUGUUGCAGUCCAGCCCUAAAAUAUCAACUCACAGUCUGACCCUAUCCCCAGCCACCCCCAACUGUGGCCCAGGCACGGCACCUUCUCAAGUUACAAACCUACCUCCUGUUCCAUUGCUGCUAUCACGUUCAAACACCCAGGCACAACCUUUUGUUCCCAGACAGAGGGAGACAAACACCAUUUCAAAGGACAGCUCUCAGAGCCAGAUGCCAUCUUCAAUUACCAGAUCUUCCAUUAAUGGCAACUUUGUUCCAAACCAAAGUCCCCCUGAAAUAACUGCCUCAAAGAUAUCACUUGUUGAAGCAGUGAAAGAGUCAAAAUCUGACACACCACAAAGCAGGAUUUAUACAUCAAAAGCAACAUUUUAUGAGAUUUCUAAACCUCUCUCCAUGGAGGACCUUACACAUUUAAACCCAACCAACCAUGGAGCACCGUUUUCUACCCUAUACAGAGACAAAGUGGCUGUGUCAGUAAUGAAAACUGAUCAGAAACUGCCUGUAUCAAAGACCCACAGUGGAAGACCUAAGACCCCCUCUUGGAGACCAUCUGUGUCCACACCUAUUUUUGAAAUAUCAAAACCGAACCCACUUUUAUUCACUGCAAGUCCUGCUUUCAACUGCUCCCAAGAUUUACAGGUCCCUGCUGCACAUUAUGGAACAUCACAGCUUAAUUUAGCCAUUCAAACUAGCAGUAUAAGUAAACCUCCUGUUGCCACAGAGGAACUGAAGGGAAAUGAUGAUUUUCAAAUAACAUCAAACAUCAAACAAUCCAACAUUUCCGAAGAGAUAAAGAUUCAACAAAACGGAAGGAGCACAAUAAAUGUAAUUGUUGCCAAUACUGAACUGCACCACCAAGUGAAUUUAGCAUCGAGUAUCACUGCACCUGAAUCAGAUGGGCUCAAACCAACACUGAUGGAACCUGUCAAUAGCAAGCUAAAAACAGUCGCAGAAAGUGAGGCUUCAUCUUUACCAAAAGUUCCAUCAUUUCUGACACUAUCAAACAAUCUCACACCUAUGGCAAUGAUUUCAAUGCAAACAGCAACUAGCCCAAGCCCCAUUUCCUCUGUUAAUUCUCCUCCUGUGUUUGGGGCACGCAAAUCCUUAACGUCGCUAUUGGAAACUCAAAUGACCUUAGCCACCUCAAAGCCAAAAUCACGAUCAACAUAUUAUGGCCUUACUCCAACUGAGUAUGCGGCCUAUGGUGGGAUUAGGAAUAUAGCAUCAUAUCACAGCCCAGCAGCCAGCAGGGUUAAUGAAACCUCAUUAAACAAAGUACAGACAGAAGUACCUGUACAUGGUUCAAACUUCCCUGAGUGUGAUGUGAGAAAACCACUCAGUGGACAUCAGGAUCUUCCCUCUUCAUUGGAUGUUUCUUCUGCACACAGUUUGCAAUCUCUGUCGUCUCCAAAGGCUUCACAGCAUCCAGCUGACAUGAUCGUCACAUGCAGCAAAGAUGUGUUUGAGGGAAGUCUCCCAGAAGUUCACAGCAUUGGAAAUCAAACACUGAAAACAUCUAACAUGGAUGCAAUAAAACCUGAGUUUCCUCUUGGCUCGGCACAGACAAUAAUUCAACAAUCCACAAAUGAAGUAUCCACACCAAAAGCCUCAUACCCCAAGUCUCCAAUACCAUUACCUAAAGCAGGCCUCAGUCUCAGUCAAAGCUCCACCCCAAAACAGAGGAACAUCACCGUCAUCUCAGCAAAAAGCUGGACACAAAGACAAGGACAUUCUGAAGACCAAAGCCACGACUGCACAGAUGAAAGCCCCAGCAGCCGAACCCUGCACGAAGUCAGCGACAUCACCUGUAUCUUCAACUGCUGACAAGAAGGUCGUUACGGCAGAGAUCUCCUCUUCAUCCACUGAGCCAAAGGCUGCCCAGAAGCCAAAAGGCCUGAAGGGUAAGCUGAGUGGAUGGACA